CAUCCUCACAUGGCUGAAUUCCCAGGAAGACUUGAGGGCCACCCCCCCCACCGCCCUCCAGGCACAGGGUGGCCAAGCUCGUCUCUUUAAGACGUUUCCUGCCAAAGAGGGUUAGGGUUUGGUGGGACCGUGGGGCACUGCCAGGUGCCGUGCUCCUUCCCUGACUAGAAGGUGUGGAUGAGGCAGGAUGAACUGGACAGGUUUGUACACCUUGCUCAGCGGCGUGAACCGGCAUUCUACUGCCAUUGGUCGAGUAUGGCUCUCGGUCAUCUUCAUCUUCAGGAUCAUGGUGCUGGUGGUGGCCGCAGAGAGCGUGUGGGGUGACGAGAAGUCUUCCUUCAUCUGCAACACCCUUCAGCCCGGCUGCAACAGCGUCUGCUAUGACCACUUCUUCCCCAUUUCCCACGUGCGCCUGUGGUCCCUGCAGCUGAUCCUGGUGUCCACCCCGGCUCUCCUCGUGGCCAUGCACGUGGCUCACCAGCAGCACAUAGAAAAGAAAAUGCUGCGCCUCGAGGGUCACGCGGACCCCCUGCACCUGGAGGAGGUGAAGAGGCACAAGGUCCACAUCUCAGGGACACUGUGGUGGACCUAUGUCAUCAGCGUGGUCUUCCGGCUGCUGUUCGAGGCCGCCUUCAUGUAUGUCUUUUAUCUGCUCUACCCCGGCUACGCCAUGGUGAGGCUUGUCAAGUGUGAGGCCUACCCCUGCCCCAACACCGUGGACUGCUUCGUGUCCCGCCCCACCGAGAAAACCGUCUUCACGGUCUUUAUGCUGGCCGCCUCGGGCAUCUGCAUCAUCCUCAACGUGGCCGAGGUGGUGUACCUCAUCGUCCGGGCCUGCGCCCGCCGAGCCCAGCGCCGCUCCAAUCCGCCCUCCCGCAAGGGCUCGGGCUUCGGCCACCGCCUCUCCCCUGAGUACAAGCAGAACGAGAUCAACAAGCUGCUGAGCGAGCAGGACGGCUCCCUGAAGGACAUACUGCGCCGCAGCCCCGGCACGGGGGCCGGGCUGGCUGAGAAGAGCGACCGCUGCUCGGCCUGCUGAUGCCGCACACCAGGCAACCUCCCAUCCCGCCCCCCCCUGCCCCGGGCCUGCCUCUCCUUCUCUGCCGGGGUGCAGGCCUCUGCCUGCUAGGCACUGCUCGAUCAAAAUCUCCCUUCCGUCCCUGGUUUCCCUUCCUCCCAGGACCUUCUGUCUGAGGGGCCGAAGGGGUGGGGAGCCGGAGGCCACCCAUGCCAGGGCUCAAGGUUGUUGGGGGUGUAGGCAGCGCUUCUUGUCUGUACCCCCUGUCCCCUUCCCUCUCCCUCUCCCUGGGGCCACUGGGGACAAGAGAUAGGAAGCUCUGACAGCAUCUCCAAUUAUGAAACUAAUCUUAACCCCGUGUUGUCAGAUACCCUAUUUCGGGAGUCACAUCAGUGGGGAGGGACGUGGGCAAGCGGAAUGGAAGGAGGGUGCUGGGUACAUGUGGGUGGAGAAGGGAGGGUAGUCAAGGCAAGAAAAGGAGGAACAGCACUUUGCCAGCCACAAGAAAAAGGAGGACAUGUCCGGGGUGGAGGAAUUAGGGAGGGAGGAGCAGGCAGAUAAGUUGGAGUGGGGGUUGGUCAGGGCCGCCUUUGCCUCUCGUUCCCAAGGCCUCUCUGUGCCUGAAAUGUUACACAUUAAACAGGAUUUUACAGUAAACGAA